AUGUCGGAGUUGCUAGAGUUAAACUUUCGCACAAUUGAUGGCCGCAACUUCUCGCUUCAUCUGCCUGAAGAUUUGGAGGUUUCGUCAUUGUUAGAGUUGGUAGCAGAGUCGCUGCAGCAGCAAAGUACUGCUGCUGCUGCUGAUUCUGCUGCUGCUGCUUCAGAUGAUGCUGCUGCUGCUGCUGCUGCACCUUCAGCAGCAAACCUCAGACUCAUCUUUAGAGGGCAGGCGCUGCAGCCGCAGCAGCAGCUGCAGCAAUACCGUAUACAGUCUGGGCAGACUAUCCACGUAGUACAGAGGCCUCCAAGACAGCAGCAGCAGCAGCAGCAGCAGCAACAGCAGCAGCAGCAGCAGCAGCAGCAAGAUGAACAGAGACCAUGGGCCCAAUUCCCACUGCAUGGAGGAGCAUUUGUAGUUGCCCCAGGAACCUUCACGGCUGAGGGAGGCGAUGGGCAGAGCUCGCUGCCGCAAGAUUUUGUCGGGGGUUUUCAGCGAAUGGUUUCUACAGCUUUGUCUUCGAUGCACGAAGCUGCUGCUGCAGCUCAGCGCCGCAUGCAGCAGCAGCAGCAGCAGCGUCAGCAGCAGCAGCAGCAGCCGGAUGCAACGCCAAACCUCGCAGCAGCGCUUACUGCUGCAGGAGAGUCGCUUCUUGCUGCUGCUGCAGCUUUGAAUGAACCUGCUGCUGCUGCUGCUGUUAGUGCAGCAGCACCAGCAGCGACAGCAGCAGCACCAGCAGCAACAGCAGCAGCAGCAACAGCAGCACCAGCAGAAGCAGCAACAGCAGCAACAACAGGAACAGCAGCAGCAGAUACGCUUCCUUGGCAUGCAUUGGACAGACUGCAUGAAGCUCUCGCGGAGGAGACAGGUUGGGCCCCACAGGAGCGACCGCUGCAAAUUACAUCGACAGCAACAGCAGCAGCAGCACCUGCUGCUGGUGCUGCUGCUGCGCCACAGCAGCAGCAGGAGCAGCAGCAGCGGCAGCUGCUGCUAUUCCUUUCAGAGUUUGCUGCUGCAGCAAAUGUGCUGCUGGCGCUGCUGCAGCAGACGCAACGCUGGCAGGAGGGCGGCAGUGCUAUAACCUCUGGAGGCUUAGGCCGCACCGCUUCUGCAGCAGCUUGGCUUGCUGCUGCUGCUGCAGGUUUAUCGAGGCAUCUGGCGCUGCUGCCUCUGCUGCAGAGCCAGCAGCAGCAGCAGCCGCAGCAGCAGCAGCCGCAGCAGCAGCAACCGCAGCAGCAAGCGCCGGCCCAACAGCAACAGCAACAGCAGCAGCAGCAACAACUGCAGCAGCAACAACUGCAGCAGCAGCCGCCUCAGCAACAAGACCCCCAUCAGCAAAGGGAGCGGCAGCGCUAUUCUAGCAGCAGCAGUAGCAGCAGCAGCAGCAGCAGCCGCAGCAGCGAAGAUUCUCGCGCGUACAAGCGGCGGCAGACAGAUGAGUCUGCAGCAGAAGCAGCAGCAGCAGCAGCAGCAGCAACAACACCAGCAGAAUCGGUGCCGCGCUCGAUGCAGCAACAGCAGCAACGGCAGCUUUCGGAGGAGCAGUACCAAGACUGCAAGGAAACUGGGAGCGGCGAUGAAGAAAGGGGGUCGCAGCAGCAUAUACAGCAGCAGCAGCAACAUCUACAGGAGCAGCAGCAGCAGCUGCAGCAGCAGCACCAGCAGCUGCAGCACCAGCACCAACUGCUUCAGCAGCAGCAGCAGCAGCACAUGCAGCAGCUACAGCAGCACCAACAAUCGCAACAACCACCGCAGCAGCAACAACAGCAACGACCGCAGCCUCAGCAGCAGCCUCAGCAGCAGCCGCAGCAGCAGCCGCAGCAGCAGCAGCAGCCACAGCAACGGCAGCAGCAGCAGCAGCAGCAGCCACUGCAGCAGCGGCAGCAGCCCCAGGCCGACCUUGCAUGCAUGGUGCGGAGCUUCCUCUCUUCUGCUGCUACAUCUCAGCAGCAACCACAGCAGCAGCAGCAGCAGCAACAACAGCAGCAGCAGCAGCAGCAGCAGCAAAUAGACGCAGAAGCACUAGCGGAGCUCCCAGUGGAGGCGCAGCAGCUCUUCACUUGCUGGACAAAAGACAUGCGAGAGUUCUCUAGAAACGUGCUCUCUAUCUCGCGGCGGCGGCCGUUUAGCUGCGCAUACACCGCACAAACGCAAACCCCGAAGCCUGAAGCAGCAAGAGCUUCUUUCUCUCUCAGGUGGCAUGCAGCAGUGAACAGCGUUGGGGGCCCCGAGGAGCAGCGGCCUCCUCCUCUUGAAUUAGAAGAAGAGUAUUUGGUGCUGCUGCUGCGAGAUGUUGCAGCAGCAGCAGCAGCAAACCCAGACUUCGAGCAGCAGCAGCAGAGAUAUCCCUUUCUUGCUGAAGCUGAGACAAACGUCAAGCGGCAGCAGCUGUAG